CAGAAGAGAAGCGCACGCGCUAUAGAAGUGAAAGGCAAGAGAAAGAGAAAGAGAAAGAGAGAGAGAGAAAGAGAGAGCGAGCGUGGCAUAGGAGAUUAAUCAAAUAACAACAAUUUCGAUGGCCGUAAGUUCAGCAGUCAUUCCGUGUAGAAAGAAACAAUCACGAAUGGAGAUUAUGAAUAAAACUAAAUCAACAGCGUAUUUAGGCGGCCUCACGCAGUGUAUUCUCGUUAACGAGCCGUGUUUAACUACAAGGUUAAACGAGCUUAAUUCUGAAGUUUAUUGGGCGCGAAGUGGUGGAUAUCUAUUUUCGAGGAUCCAAUAAGAAUGGCUGCCGUUUUAAGAAGAUUCAGAACCGUGCAGGUCACGGUAAUCGACAAGCCAAAAACAUCAUUGUUUAUUAACACUCGGUCCCUGGCAAGGUCAUUGGUACGACAAGAUAGUAAGAGAUGGAUAAGCAAACUUUUGGUAAGAAAGAUCGAACCAACGAAGGAGUCUCAUUCGCGAAUGCUUUCGGACAAGGAUGUGAUUUAUGCUUUACAUACGCAUAAUGUCCGUCCUGAUUCCAUCGAUAAAUAUUUAACUAACUACGAACAAAAUGUUAAUCUAAUACAUUCGAAAAAAUCUGAUCUGAAAUGUGAAUUAGUUGGAUCAUGGACUGUUGCAGUAGGAGAUUUAGAUCAAGCUUUACAUCUCUGGCAAUAUACUGGUGGCUAUGAACGUAUUGAUCAUGCACAAAUUUUACUUUCCAAAGAUGAGAAUUAUCAACUUUUACUCAAGGAACGUGGAAAUUAUUUAAGAUCUCGUCACCUACAAUAUUUAUUGGCAUUUAGUUAUUGGCCGCCUCUCGAAAAACGUAAAGGUCCAAACAUAUAUGAAAUACGAAGUUAUAGCUUGAAACCUGGUACAAUGAUCGAAUGGGGUAAUAAUUGGGCUAAAGCUAUUAAUUUUAGACGUAAUAACGAUGAACCCUUUGCUGGUUAUUUUUCACAAAUUGGAAGGCUGUACAAUGUUCAUCAUAUUUGGUGCUAUAAAGAUCUUCAAUCACGAAAAGAUACACGCGAAAGUGCUUGGAGAUUACCUGGGUGGGAUCAAUGUGUGGCAUACACUGUCCCUCUUAUAAGAGAGAUGCAUUGUCGCAUAUUAAGCCCAACUACGUUUUCCCCCACACAAUAAACUAUCAUUCUUGCAAAUACCAAUGCAUUUGUAUAAUAUCACUUAUUAUUACUUAUCUAUCAAUGUAAUAAUGUAAAAACAUUUGUUAUAAUGUACAUCAUAUAUAUAUAUAUAUAUAAUAUAUAUAAUAUAUAUAUAUAAUAUAUAUAUAUAUAAUUCUGUAAUCUAUACGCGCAAUACGUUGAAUGCUAAAAUGUUUUGUUGUAUUACAACUGGCAGAAUGUAUUUUGCUACUAUUUCAAAUUCUAUAUUAUGACUAUAAGUAAAUGCAAGUUAUUAUAUUCAUUGUCAGUUGAAGCACAACAUUUAUGUAUAGAUGAAUAUACAAUAUUACUCUUUACAGUAGA